AUGCUCAUUAAAGUAAAAACGCUCACAGGCAAGGAAAUUGAGAUCGAUAUUGAGCCGAAUGAUAAGAUUACACGAAUUAAAGAGCGAGUGGAAGAGAAAGAAGGCAUUCCUCCUGCUCAACAACGACUCAUCUUCGGUGGUAAACAAAUGGUUGAUGAAAAGACUGCAACCGACUACUGUAUAGAAGGUGGCUCUGUUCUACACUUGGUAUUAGCCCUCCGCGGAG